AUGGUGUUUCGUAGGAUAUUUCAACGACCUCAUACGCGUACAAUGUUGUUGUUUUCGAUUGUAUUAGCACUACUUUGCUUCGUAAUUGUUUUAUACCCUAUGUCAACCUCGGUUGUACAGAGGAAUUUUGAAACGCAAUCAAUAGCCGUCGAAAGCCGGCGAAGUGAGUACUAUGUUCUGAAUCGAAAUUUCUUCGAGUUUCUCUCAAGGACUAGUAUGGAAUGUUUGAUCCAAGUUGAGCCGGGCGAGAAGUGGAGCGGGAAAGCAGUUGUCGAAACGAAAUUAAUCGAUAAUGACGUCUCGCAAUACGAACAAUCCGCUGAGGCCGAAACAGCUAAGGCAGAUUUAAGAGAUGUUCCUGGGAAUGCUGGUGACUUGCAAGCGAAAUAUAUCUUGGUCUAUCGUCACUUCGAACAACUAGGCAAGACAACUGAAAAUUUGAUACAACUAGCAGCAGUUGCCAAACGUUGGGGUAGGCUGGUUGUACAACCUGAUGUUCAAAACUCAAGGUUUUCCUUAGAACCCGGAUUUCGUGCUUAUCCCUUGGAUACCUACUUUAACGUUACUAGUGUAAACGAGCUUCUUCUAGCAAACGGUUACUCGCAACUUGUUAAGCUAACAAAUUUCACUCGAGAUUGCAGUUAUGCAAAGUUUGGUAUCAAGACAAGCAUAAUACAUUUCCUAUACAGUGAUGUACACCGCGGUAACACGAAGUCAUGGUUCGGUAUUAAUGACAAAGAAUUGCGUGAAAUUGUUGAGAAGAGUUUGUCUAGCGGUUGGACAGAGUGUGAUUUUAAAAAUAGUCACCUAAGUGUUGGGAUGUCACUCGACGGGAUACAAAUUGGCAGGCAGGUGUGUGUAAACCCUGAAGUCAUGAGAACCGAGAAAGCGUUCGAGGAUAAUGUUUUACGAGGAGACAAAUGUGUUAUAUUUCUAGAAUGGCGAGGUUUUGGCAAGCAAAGAGCGCACUUCAGUCCACGCUUUUGGCCUUUCUUAACUCCAGCCGAAGUAAAGCACCGCAUGUCGCCUAGCAGUCUAAUCGACCAAGAGGUCAUCAAUUUUUUACAAUCUAAACUAACAUCCAACUAUAUUUCUGUUCAUUUGCGAACUGAACGUUUAUUCGUUGCGAACAUGCAUAAAAAGCUACAGUUUUGUAUAGAUCAUGUUGUGCAGUUAGUUAGCAUUGUUCGCUCGCUACGUGGGGUCGAUGCAGUGUUUCUAGCGACAGACUUAACUGACUUCGGCUCUGACCUGUUCGACCGUCGAAAGUUUUACAUAACGAACGCGACUGGGGAGCAUUUAAUACUGCGGCAGGAUAUCGCAGAUAUUCAUACGAAACUUGCGCGACGUUUGAACGCUGUAACCUACAAACCGACACGCAAACCUUUCUCUAAAGAUAAAGGCAUAUUUUCAUUGGUUGAAAUGAAUAUAUUGAAACGAGGGAUAGAUCUCAUCACCCUGGGGAGAGGGACCUUUCAUGCAUGGACAGUAAGUGUGUUCAGACAACACCAGGCCGAAAUUGGACGCCGGGGCUACACAAUCUCUGAAGUGUGUGGCAAUGUAAAUCAAUUGAGAUAA